UCCGGUGGUCGCCCAUCAUGGCUGUUCAGGCUGGACGGUCCGUGGUCUUCGUGACUGGAAACGCGAAAAAACUGGAAGAGGUCAUUCAGAUCCUGGGAGACAGGUUUCCCUACAAACUGGUGUCUAAGAAGAUUGACUUGCCUGAGUACCAGGGAGAGCCAGAUGAGAUUUCCAUACACAAGUGUAAGGAGGCUGCACGGCAGAUUGAUGGGCCAGUCAUAGUGGAGGACACCUGUCUGUGCUUCACGGCUUUAGGAGGCUUACCUGGUCCUUACAUAAAAUGGUUCCUGGAUAAACUGAAGCCAGAAGGCUUGUAUAAACUCCUGGCUGGGUUCGAAGAUAAAUCAGCCUGGGCUCUCUGCACUUUCGCCUUCAGUGCUGGGAAGGACGAACCAGUACAGCUGUUCAGAGGGAAAACAGAGGGGCACAUUGUGGAGCCCCGGGGUCCUCGGGACUUUGGAUGGGAUCCAUGUUUCCAGCCGGACGGAUACGACAAAACCUACGCUGAACUGCCUAAAGAAGUGAAGAAUUCAAUCUCUCACCGCUACCGGGCGCUGGCUGCCAUGUCUGCGCACUUCUCUCAAGCCAACAAUACCUCACCACAGAGCAAGAAGAAGAAGCAGCAGGAUUAAGUCCAGCUUCAGCUGCUGUAUUAAACCUCAGAUCAUCAGAUUCGAGCGUCCAGAGGAAACUCCUUGAUAAUGUGACAUUUUCCUACCGUUGGCCAGAAGAGUAGAGCCGUGUGUCACACGUCUACUUGUGGAAUCUGCAGUAGAAAAGCUCCUGCACAAAACAGUCUGUUUUCCCUUGUUUUUAAUAAACCUUGCGUUCAUUUCUAAAUUUCUAA